AUGGGUGUACCGUCACACAACAAUCUCUAUGAUCGUGUCAAUAAACUUCUACUGUCCUAUGAGUGGAGUGAUUGUUGCUUCUCAGUGUGUGAUAAAAAGUUUAAAGCCCAUAAAUUAAUAUUGGUUAUAAGUAGUCCUGUGUUUGAAGCCAUGUUUUACGGUCCUUUGUCAACUAAUGAAGAAAUCAGCAUAACGGACAUUGAGCCACAUAUAUUUAAACUUCUCUUAAAUUAUAUUUAUACAGAUAAAGUUACAAUAGAAUCUAUUGAAGAUGCUUAUGAUUUACUAUAUGCUUCAAGAAAAUACAUGUUAGAAUAUCUAAGUGAGAUCUGUGUCUCGUACAUACAAUCAAAUAUGAGCAUUGAUAAUAUAAUCACCAUUCUAAGUUAUCCAGAUUACAUGCAAGAACCCCAGCUAGUAUCAUCAGCUUUAAAACUUUUUUGUCAACACGCAGAAUAUCUUUUGAAGGAAAACAAAAAAUGUAUAUCUGCAAACUGUUUGCAAAAAAUUCUCAAAAGCAAUGAUAUGAACAUUGUUGAAAAAGAUCUUAUACAGAGUGUUUUUGAAUGGACCUUUCAUUAUUGCGAUCAGAACAAUAUCAAAAAUGAUUUUCAUAAUAGGAGAGAGAUUUUAAUUAAAAGUGGCUUAUUAAAAUUAUUACGAUUCUUUACACUGUCAGUUAAUGACUUGGCUGAAAUAGUUUCAUGUCAGAAUAAUUUGUUACUAAAUAAUGAAGCAGAGGAUAUAGAACAGGUAGUAAAAAGUCCCGGUGAUAUUAACAACAAAAUCUUGCCUAUAUUCGAUACUACAACUUUGCCUCGAAAAUCUAUGGAACUGCAAUGGUGUUUGUGUCAUCGUACACAAAUCAGAUCUGAAUCUCCAUUAGUUGUCGACCCCAACAACUUUAUAGUACAGACAAGAGUAAAAGCUAACAAAUCAACUUUUAUAAACACUUUAAUUAUACCAUCAAGAAUGGCACCUGUGGCCGACUACUGUAGUAAUACUGCUAACACAUAUCAUGAACAAUUCUCAGUGCUUAUAGAAUGUGAAUCUCAUAACAGGAUAAUUAGUUCUUUCAACUUCAAGGCUGAAACGGAGUUUGAUUCGAACAUUGAUAUAAAACUUGAAGAGCCUCUAUUGUUUAAACUGAAUGUAUGGUAUAAGAUUAUCAUAAUAUGGCCACAUGUAGGACCAUUUUUCUCUCAUUCAUAUGCCGUACAAAAUAGAGAUAGAUGUUAUAGCAAUGGUAAAAUUAAAUUUGAUUUUGAAGAUUAUUUGUCAAUUUCUGAUAAUUGUGGUAGUUUUCUUAAAGCUUUGAAGUUUUGUAUGUAA